GACUCUGGGCAUUAGCGAGCAGGUUGCACAGGACUGAUAUGAACCAAAAGGGAAACAAAAAAACAAACCAGAAGGUUUGCAAUUCCAAAGUGUUUCUACUGUUGCAGCAGCCCAGCCAUUCUGGGAAUAACAGGAAGAGGGAAAAUGACAGUGGGGAGGCCACCAUUUGUCCCUGUGCCGCUUUCCUCCUCCACAGCUGCAUCCAGAGCAUCAUUUCUGGGUGCCAGCAGCUUUGGAUUGCUGAAAUAGAGAUGAAGACACAUCCUGCCCUGAGAACUGCCUUCCCAGUGCCCACACCAGGGUUACGGGCUGGGAGCCCGGCUAGGAAGGGAUGUGUGUGAGCAGAGGGUGACAGUGACAUGGGAUAUUCCUUAUCUGGCUGCUAAUGCACUUUUUAUCUCCUCCCUCAGGUGCCAGUGCUGUGACAAGCCUCGUACUUGAGUGAACUUCAGAGCAGCCUCCUGAGCUGUGCUGUCCUCACACAUGACAAUUUAUUGUCCCUCAUCACCAGGGAUUGCGUGACAGCAGCACAGAUUCCAGGCCUGCAAGAGACAAGCCUCCCUGCUGCAGGAUCAUCAUUUCCAGGGGAGGAACACGCCAAAUAACUCCAAGAGCUUUUGAAGAUGGCACCAGAUAUCCCAUUAAAUAUUAACAUCAAGGAGCCCCGAUGGGAUCAAAGCACUUUCAUUGGACGAGCCAAUCACUUCUUCACUGUAACAGACCCCAGGAAUAUUUUGUUAUCUAAUGCCAAACUGGAAAAUGCAAGAAAAAUUGUGCAUGAUUACAGACAAGGUAUUGUGGCACCUGGCUUGACAGAAGAUGAGCUGUGGAGAGCAAAAUACAUUUAUGAUUCAGCCUUUCACCCCGACACUGGGGAGAAGAUGUUCGUGAUCGGCCGAAUGUCCGCCCAGGUGCCCAUGAACAUGACUAUCACAGGCUGCAUGAUGACCUUCUACAGAACGACACCAGCAGUGUUAUUCUGGCAGUGGGUCAACCAGUCCUUCAAUGCUAUAGUAAACUACACCAACAGGAGUGGGGAUGCCCCAAUCACUGUCAGGCAGCUGGGAACAGCCUAUGUUUCUGCCACCACAGGUGCUGUCGCUACAGCCUUAGGACUUAAUUUACUAGCAAAGCGCGUCUCACCUCUCGUAGGGAGGUUUGUUCCUUUUGCUGCUGUUGCUUCUGCCAACUGCAUCAAUAUUCCACUAAUGAGACAAAGGGAACUCCAGUUUGGAAUUCCUGUCACGGAUGAGGAUGGAAAAAGGCUGGGUGAUUCAUCCAAAGCAGCUCAGCAGGCGAUUGCCCAGGUGGUGAUAUCCAGGAUUCUGAUGGCUUCUCCUGGCAUGGCUAUUCCUCCAUUCAUAAUGAACGCCCUGGAAAAGAAAGCCUUUUUAAAGAAAUUUCCUUGGAUGAGCGCUCCCAUUCAGGUUGGAUUAGUUGGAAUCUGUCUGGUGUUUGCAACUCCCCUGUGUUGUGCCCUGUUUCCUCAGAAAAGUUCGAUGUCGGUGUCGCGCUUGGAGCCAGAUUUGCAAGACAGGAUCCAAGCCAGCAGCCCUGGCCUAGAACGUGUAUACUUCAAUAAAGGAUUAUAAUUCAAGGAAGGCAAAGUAUCUUUCAAGGAGAAACUUACGAACUUAUUUUUUGAAUUGUGUGCCAACAUAGACAAGAACACACCUUUAUCUUGUCCUUUUGUUAAACAGGUUUGAUCAUCUGCAUUAUUUUACAGUUAAAGACUUUCCACAGUAUAGUGUUUAAAUUACAUAAGGUCACUUUGUCCACUUUGGUAUUGUUUGAAAGUUUAAACAUACAUAUCCAGAGAUGUUUACAUAAGUCUCAAGCAGCUACAAUAACAAUAAAGAAGCGCACAAUGAAAA